UCCGUCCCUUGUGCUCUGCUUCUUCUUCCCCCUUCCCUGCUUCGCUGCCUUGGCCUAUAAAAGCAAUCAACCAAUCCACCUCUCCAUCCGUUCGCGACCCGCGCCUCACGAACGCAAGAAAACGAGAGCCGUAGAAAGCAAGGAGAAGAGCAGAAACACGAGAGAGAGAGAGAGAGAGAGAGAGAGAGAGAGAGAGAGAGAGAGAGAGAGAGAGAGAGAGAGGCGACCAUGGAGGUGCGGGCGGCCAUGGAGAUGGAGGGGUGGACAUCGCGGCGAAAGCACCGGAACGGUGGCUUCUGGUUGAGAGCGGAGAUCGAGGUGGACCGGGGUUCCUCCAUUCCCAGGGGCCCGGGGUUCGGCUUCGCCGCCGCCGUACGAGAGCCGCUGGUGAAGCUGCGGCGGCCCGUACACGACUUCGAGAGAUGGGACUGGGACUACUUCGUCUGGCCCCAUGACCGGCUCGACGCCAAUCUUGAGAUGAGGGACAGGGAUCCAGAGGCGACACUUGAGGCAGACCGGAAGGCAAGCGAGAGUUUCCUGAACAAGAGUACACUACAGCUGGAGAGCUAUGAGAUGUACCAGCACCUGCUGCAGCAGCAAGCUUCAGCGUGGCCUUGCAACCCGCUCAACACCAAUCUAGAGAUGAGGGACAGUAGCAUAGAGGGAUACCUGAACCAGGGUACACUGCAGCCGGAGAGCGAGAUGUACCAGCACACUGCAGCCUUGCCUCGCGACCAUCUCAUAGCCAAUCUGGAGGUGAGGAACACUGACGCGGAGGCGAAGCUUCAGACUGAUCGGAAGGCAAAGGAGCGAAGCACGCGGCGGCUGAAGAGGUCCGAGAUGGGUCGACGCGCACAGGAGCAGCACAAGGAGAAGGAGAACGAACAGACCGAGCUGUUCCGGACACCCACGCCGGUGAACAAGAAGGCCGUAGGACCCAGAUCGGCACGGCGUCGCCGUGUUUUCGCAGAAGCUAACCUGAGCCCGGACGAUGACAGGGCAAGGCAGAGGCAGGUUUCUUGGGCUUGUAGUCACACACGCACAUGCACCAUCUGGUUGCUCCCGAUGGCUUGAGCUACAUGCAUUGCAAGUCUGAUACGACACACCUUGAGAUGUGGGAUGAUUUUCAGUUGGAGACUUGGAGCUCGUUAACUGUCAGGAGUGGACCCUGAAUUUUUUAGCUCAGAACUAGUAGGAGAGAGCACGUUCGUGCGGUUGUACAUAGUACAGUACAAUACAGAGUAGAAGCAUUCCACUGCAUGGUUCAGAACUAGGCUGAAUUCUUUUUUCGGUUCAGAACUGUGUGGAAACAGUUUUCCGUUGACAAGUAGGAACAGGUUCACGUCUUGUGAAGCUCAGUUUCAGUCAGUUGCCAUUA